CUCGUAACAAUGGCUCUGACUGCUAGAUCUAUGCGUGCUCGCGUGGGCUUGCCCACCACCCACACCCCUUGCCGCAUCGCUGUGCCAAGGCGCCAGCGCACGCAGCUUCAAGUCAAUGCCCUGUUUGGAGGCGGUGCCCAGGGAGGUGGUGGCAACCCUUUCGACAUGAAGAACCUCAUGGAAAGCGUCAAGAAGGCCCAGCAGCUUGUGCAGACUGAGACUGCUCGGGUGCAGUCCGAGUUGGCGAACACCGAGUUUGAAGGCUAUGAUGAGGAAGAGACUGUCCGUGUGACCAUGUCGGGGAACCAGGAGCCGCGCAGCGUGGAGAUCACGCAGGAGGCUCUGGUGGCUGGGGCCGAGGAAUGCUCUCGGCGUACGACAGAGGCGAUGCGAGAUGCCCACAAAAAGAGCGUGGCGGGCAUGAAGGAGAAGAUGCGGGAGCUGGCCAAGAACCUGGGCAUCCCCAAUACAGGGGCGCUCAAUAUGUGAACACCCAAACCAUCAUGCCAUCGAUUGCCAAGGCCACACACGAUAUGCCUGCUGGAUGAGUGCAGCAUGAGAAGGACGAUGAUGAUGAUGUUGAGUUUGCUGUGGUGGUGGUGGUGGUGGUGGUGUGACGAUUGUCCUACGUGCGGACACGUGUCUGACGGGGAAAAGCCGCAUCACAGUAGCCAUCACUUCCUUGGCUCUCUCCCAUGCUUCUAAUGUUAGUCUGUUGUGGUGGUGCACAUAUAUUCGUUUGGGAGUCGGAGUCGGUUGUGUCUUUCCGUUUGCAAGUUCGCAUGGGUAUAUAUGGUUUAGUGGAAGGGAAGCUGCUGGGAAACAAGUGAAUGUGCGGCGGAACGUAGGAAUGAAAGGCGUUGACUGAGAGGCGUUGCCUUGCUGCCGUGUUCGGGAUUGGUUUUCUGCUAUGGCGCUCUCACAGGAUCGAUACCUUGGGAAGUACGUGCAUGCAAGAGGUAUGUGUGCUGUUUUGUCUGUUUGUUUGUCUAUGUCUCUGGAAAGACACACGACGCCCUCCCAGUACUGCUCCUAGCGGGGACCUGUGCGCUUGGUACGAGCAGGGAGCAGCGGCGUGGAAGACUGCUGUGCCGGGCGAACCAAAGUGGCGGCGGUGUGAGAGCGGGCGUCAACGUGCACCCUGCUAAACCGCAGAGCACCAAUACGCCGUGCGGUGUCGGAAUUCGGACCCCUUCGAAGACGACGACCUUAUUUUUGCAGGGGAUGUGUUUCGUGAGUGUGUUGUUUUGGUAGUAGUACGUUUGUUUAUAACUUCCUACUGCCCCCCGGAUGUCGCUCAGGAGAGGGGUAAAAGUUUGAAAAGUGAGUUUUGAAUGUGCAAGAUGUCGUCCAGUGGGCAAUGUAAGCAGGGAACCCGG